GGUUUAAUUUCGACAGAAUGUCGAUAAACUCGAAGGCCACGAGAUGUCGCCACCAGUCGUUGUCUAAAAACGCGAAGAAGAAGCCGAGCAAAUCUUAAUUUUUGUUGCGACGGAAGCCAUGGGCAAAAUAAAUGUUUUUUCAUCGUCGUAAUGUGAAAAAAUGACUUCAGAUAGCUCGGAUGAGGAAAAUUUGGACUUACUGAAGGAAGCGCAAGACUCCAAUUUCAUAAAUGAUUCCAUGUUCAGUGACUCUCCUGCAAAAUCUACCGCACACAAUCAGACGAAACCCCUGCCCUCGCUGCGAAAAACCAAAAACGAAGAAGGGCACUUCAGUUUGAAGGUAACCCCGGAGUUCCGUGACUACGUUGCCAGACAGCUCACUAGUAUUUUAGAUCGAAAGUUGGACAAGAAGUUCGCAGAUUUGCCAGAUCCCGAGGUGCCUCGUAAGAAGCGCAAAAAGGUCGGCGUGAAGCUGCUGUCUGAAUCUAAGCAUUUUUUGGAACUAUCGGAAGAAAUUAGUGCGGAAAAUAAAGCAAGUGCAGUUCACAACGCCACAGCUAAGAGGGCCAAGAAUAGUAAAGGAGUAAACGAAGUUACGGAGGAUUUGCUAAAAGAAGUCGCUGUUUCCGGGGAGGACAUUUUGAGCAAAAAGGAAGUGAGAAAUUGGUCGAAGCGAAGCAAGGCACCCGUGUUCCACUAUAAAAAGUCGAAAAAUGGCCAGUUGAAGCUCGUCGAGCCUGAAGCGAAGUGAUCAGUGAUAGU